GAUAACACCAUAAAAAUGAAGAACAGGUUCGCAGAAGACGUAGAAACUCACGCGGUGCAUACCAUGGAAGACAAGGACAUGAAGACUUACCGUCAAAAGAUGCUAGGAGAUAAACAACAGCACGGCUUGGAAAUGCACCUGCUGGAGAAUGAAAGACGUAUCGCGUGGAACUCUGACAGGGGCGAACAGAGUAACCUGUUGCCUCGUCUAGAGAACAUAAACAAACGCAUUCUGGACAUAAACAACAAGGAGAAUUUGAGACAACAGGUGCAACCGACGACACCCUUACAAAAAGGAUACCUACGCACGACGUCUUCAAAGAAAUCGAAGGAAAGGGAGAAAAAUGCAGCCAUAGGUAUAAUAUACCCAGACGUGUAUCAAGACCCCCACGGCGUUACUCAAAAGCAAGGAAGUAUAAAACUCGAUUCUAAGACCAAGCCGUUUAAGAGUCGAGCAACCUCCUUACCGGAGCAUCCCUUCAUACAACGGACUUUGUACCAUAUUCCUGUGAAAUGUGAAGGAAACAGUGAUUUAGAACCCACAAAGGACAAUGUCAUUUCACUGCACAAGUUGCCGUCGAAGAAUAAAAAGAAGCACGAUCACAAACGUCAUUCAAAAUCCACUAACGAAGAAAACAACAAGGAGCGGGUCAAACCCAGACUGGUACGCCGACCAAGGAUGGACGCGAAAGUUCUCGCAUCUCUCUUGAACGUGGACGAAUCUUCUGUUGAAAAGCAGGAUCAGGUUUUCCAGAGAGCGAGACUAAAAGCUGGUGCGGCUCUCAGAGUAGUACUUGCAGGCGACACUCAAGAAAAUGCCGAUGGGAACGAACAGAAAAAGAAAACAAAGAAGAAGACUUCGGCUAAGAUCCAGCGCAGAACAAGCGUGGCGUCCACGAAUCUUUCGACUGACUUGUUAAAAGUUGGCUUCCCUGCUUUGAAUGCUGGAGAACAAACGUGGCGUAACACCUACCUGUCACCGGCCAGCUCCAGUGCUAACUCUCGGGCCAGGAGAAGCUCCCUGCCGUCUCUGUCCACCACAAACUACGGUUCGUUUAUGUCGCCAGGUUCAACUGCAACAUCGCCAACGAGAAGGGCGAGCAUUGGGUCGACAAAAUUUACAACUUCGUCUUUGGACAAGCUCGAAAAUGUGAUCGAAGAAAACGAAGAAAACUCGGAACGAGACGACACCAUUAGCAACUUGAUACAAAGUGUUCUGCCGUUAUCACGACGGAAGAAGCAACUAUAUGGGCAGCAGUAGGGCGUAGGGAAAAUGUUGUGUUUAAGAUUACACAAGUCCUACAAAAAGUAGUGUCAGUAGGUUGGGAUCCUCUUUUUUGUUUAUAAAAUUAAAUGGAACAUAA